AGUGAAGGUUUUUCAUCAUAAAUAUUCAUUACUAUAAUUAUUAUUGGUAUUAUGAUCACAGCUAUUUUAAUCAAUUAAAAUGUUUAUUGUAAAAUUUGACCUUUCAAAUCGAGUGAUCAAAAAACACCGUGAAGUUUUGAUGAAUAAAAGAUAAUAACGAUAAGUUUACAUAUUUAGUAAAAAGUUGGAUUUUUUUCUUAAAAUAACUUCACAUAACCUCAAUUCAACGAUGACGUUUUCAUACUUAUAAAGAAAAAAAUGAAAUAACGUUGAAAUUGAAGUGAUGUCGUUACUGCAAAGAUUCUUAUAAUUGAUAAGACGACUUGGAUAAAAAUAAAGCUCUCUGGCAAUAGUCUUUUAUUCAGUGAGACUUCGUGUUUGAGAUAUAAUGUGGUUACAUCAAUUCAAAAUUUAUGGAGAGUUGUAUAUUUUAUAAAUAAAUUGGUGAUUUCCAGUUAUUUAAUGUUUAUUGAAAAAUUUUUAUUAAGGAAAAUUAAAUGAAAAAAAUUUCAAGAUCAGCUCAAUAAUAUAGGACAAUAUUGUAAAAAAUGGAAAAUUAUACAUCAGACUCAAGUGAUUCAGAUUCUGGGUCAAAAACUCUAGAUUUAUCGUACUUGAUGUUGGAUUUAAAACUCUUGGAUCAGCACCUGAACAAAGAAACAAAAGAUGCUAAGAAGAUAGAAAUUAUUUUAAUUCAUCAAAAUCGGAUUGAAAAAGUUCCACAAACUAUAACGAAAUUUACCAAUCUUCAUACAUUAGAUAUCUCUCAUUGUAAUCUUACUUCUUUACCAGAUUUCAUUGGUGAUUGUCCAUUAACUUGUCUCAUUGCAAAGCAAAAUUGUUUAACCAAUGAAUCUUUACCAAAGACAUUUGAUAAUUUUCCUAUAUUACGAGAAUUAAAUUUAAGUGGCAACAGAUUGACAGAAUUUCCCGAACAGAUUGUUCCAUUAAGUGAAUUGAAAUAUUUGUAUCUUGGUGGAAAUAGUAUUACAGAAAUAAGCAAAGACAUAUGGAAAAUGCACAAAUUAAAAAUACUUUCAAUGGGUGGAAAUAAAUUGACUGAAGUUCCUGCUAGUCUUGGAGGAUUAACAUCUUUAAGUGCUUUAAUAUUAUGUGAUAAUAUGUUAGAAAAUUUGCCUUCUUCUAUAGCAAAUUUGAAAAACCUCAAAUCCUUGUUGCUUCAUAAAAAUCGCUUAAGAACUUUACCCACAGAAAUUAUCACAUUGAAAGGCUUAACAGAACUUUCGUUACGUGACAAUCCAUUAGUUGUAAGAUUUGUAACAGAUAUGACCCAUAAUCCACCUUCGUUACUUGAAAUUUCGGCACGUGUGAUAAAAACUAUUAAUAUUAGUUACGAGAAUGGAAAUUUACCGAGAACUCUAAUUGAUUAUCUCAACAGUGGACACCGUUGUGUCAAUCCAAAAUGUCAAGGAGUUUUUUUUGAUAACAGAGUUGAGCAUAUUAAAUUUGUUGACUUUUGUGGAAAAUAUCGUUUACCUCUUCUUGAAUAUUUAUGCAGUAGUAAAUGUAUUGGACCUUCUGACACUGAAGAAGAGGUUGUCAGUGGUGCAAUGAUUCGAAAAGUCCUCCUAGGAUAAAAGUUUUUAUAAUUUUAUUAAUUAUUACUUCAAUCAUGAUUAGAUAAUGAUACUACUUAACUCCUACAUAAAAAAUACUUUAUGUAAGAGUUUAAUAAUAUUCUGAGUGAAAUCGAGUUGAAUAGAAUUAUUAAACGGUAUUAUAAGAGUUUCAUUUUUACAAAACAAAAAUAUAAAGUAAUUAUUUUGAUUUUGUUAUAUAAUAUAUAAAAAUAUAUCAAUAUUUUUCUAAAACAUAAAAAUAUUUCUCAAGUUGUUGGAUACAAAAAAUCCUUCUUAGUAAAAAAUUUAUUAUUAUGUAAGAAAAUUUGAAUCAUUUAAAUUAAAAUGAACGUACGCGCGCUUUUUGAUGACUCAAUUCCUCUUCCGGGAAUAUGACGUGUACAAAAAACAUAUGGAUGUAGGAGAAAGACAACACACAAGACAUUUAAUACACAUAAAGUGUAACAGCUGUAGGUUAGCUCCAAUAAUCAAAAAAUAAUACAUAAGAAAAAUAAAACGAAUUAAAAACAUU